AUGCAAUUUUCAAAGAUUUUCCAAGGUUUAUCAUUAGCUACUUUAGCUUCCACUGUUACAGCUUUCGAUGCUGAUUCCAAAGAUAAUGUCGUUGUUUAUUGGGGUCAAGCUUCUGCUGGAUCUCAAGAAGAUUUAUCAUAUUAUUGUGAUUCCAGUGAUGUUGACGUUGUUGUUUUAUCCUUCUUAAGUUCAUUCCCAGGUUCAAGUGGAACCCCAACUUUAGAUUUAUCUUCAGCUUGUUCUGAUAAAUUUUCAAAUGGUCUUUUGAAAUGUCCAAGUAUUGGUCAAGAUAUUAAAUCAUGUCAAUCAAAGGGUAAAAAAAUCUUACUUGCUUUAGGUGGUGCAAAUGGUGAUUAUGGUUUCACUGGUGAUUCUGAUGGUACAAACUUCGCUGAUACUUUAUGGAACUUAUUCGGUGAAGGUGAAUCUGAUACAAGACCUUUUGGUGAUGCUGCAGUUGAUGGUUUUGAUUUUGAUAUUGAAAAUAAAAACCAAGAAGGUUAUGUUGCAUUAGCUAAAGCUUUAAGAACAAAAUUCUCAUCAAGUUCUAAACAAUAUUAUCUUUCAGCUGCUCCUCAAUGUGUUUAUCCAGAUGAAAGUGUUGGUGAUUUAUUAGCACAAGCUGAUAUUGAUUUCGCUUUCAUCCAAUUUUAUAACAAUUAUUGUUCAUUAGAUAAACAAUUCAAUUGGGAUACUUGGGCAAAAUACGCUAAAUCAACUUCACCAAAUAAAAAUAUUAAAUUAUUCGUUGGUUUACCUGGUGCUCAAUCAGCUGCAGGUUCAGGUUAUGUUGAUAUCUCCACUGUUAAAACAACAUUAUCUACCGUUGGAUCAAAUGCAAACUUUGGUGGUAUUAUGUUAUGGGAUGCUUCUCAAGCUUUCACUAAUAAAGUCAAUGGUGGUACUUUUGCUCAUGCAAUUAAACAAGCUUUAUCUUCAUUAGGUGGUAGUGUUAGUAAUGAUGAUUCAAACUCUUCAGGUCAAGCUUCAUCUUCAACUGUUGCUGCUUCAUCUUCAACUGGUGUUAAUGCAGGUUCCACUUCUACUUCAUCAGUUAAUAAUGGUCAAUAUCAACAACCAUCUUCUGCUCAAGUUUCAACUUCAUCAGUUAACAAUGGAUUAUAUCAACCAUCUGCAUCAGCCCAAGCUCCAGUUUCAUCAGUCAACAAUGGUCAAUAUCAAGCAUCAACUUCAUCAGUCAACAAUGGUUUAUAUCAACCUUCAUCUCAAACUCAAGCUGCUUCAAUUUCAGUUGAUCAAGGUCAAUAUAAAGCACCAGUUCAACAAUCUUCAAACUCUUUAUCAUACCAAGAAGUCACAACAAAUACCUUUUCAGCUUCACCAUCUUCAUUCACAAGUGUUUUAACAUCAAGUCAAACUCAACAACAAGAACAAGCACAAGAUUCUACUAGUCAAACAGCAGCAUCUGCUCAACCAACUGGUGGUAAUCAACCAUCAAAAAUCCCAGAUGAAUGUUCUUCAUUAUCAGGUAUCUCAAAAGCUCAAUGUUUAAAUAAAAAUUAUAAAUCAGGUCAAUAUGAUGGUAAACCAACAGAUUGUGAACAUGGAUCUACAGCAUGCUCUGCAAAUGGUGAAUAUUCAGUUUGUAAUUGGGGUCAAUGGGUAAAUUCAGCUUGUUCUUCAGGUUCAACUUGUUUUGCUUUUAAUCAAGGUGAUAAUGUUUUAAUUGGUUGUAAUUAUCAAUCAGUUGAAUCUCAAUUUGCUAAAAGAUUUGAACAUGUUCAUCAUGAUCAUAUAUAA